AUGGCUUGCUCCGCCCGCGAACCAUUUUGCUCCAUAGGACGACUGCAUAUGGUUUGGGGAGGCGGAAAUGGUCCCGUGGAGCGAAAGCUAGAGCCUGGGAUCCCUUUCCCAGUUACCCAAGCGCCGGAUACCAAGCCCGGAAACUCAAAUCUGUUGCGCAAAAUCCGAGCUUUGGCGACUCCUGCUUACUACCUGGACCGUGCCGGAACCACGUUUUCGACAGCUCCCGGCCGGAUGGCGGAUCUCCGGGACUUUCAGAGCUAUAUUGUCCCUGAGAAUCUGAAGCGUCCCUUUCGCUCAUCUACCCGGUCCAGCGGUCAGAACCCAGGCUCAGACCCAGGAGAGCGGAUCCGUCUAACUAGGGCCUGGACUGGUCAUGGAGUAUCCACUAAUUUGACAUUCCAGACUCCAAAGCCCGAGCAAGGGGCGAUUGGGCGUCAAGCCCCAGGGGCUACUUCGCCACACAACAUACCCUUUUGGGUCUAG